AUGAAAUUUUUAGAAGUAUAUUUUCCACACGACCGUCAAACUGAUGACGUGCAUGACAAAGAAUUACAUGCUCAUGCAUUAAGGACAUUGAUAUUGGAUCACCCUAACUUUAGAUUGGAAAAACUUGUUGUUUCAUGCAACCAUACAUUAUAG